UAUGAGAAGAAUCCAAGGAAGAAUCAACUAUUUAAGUAGAAUAAAUUGCUUAGGUUUAAACCACUCCCGUUUCCACAAUGAAGAUAUUAGGUUGUAUAGUGCUACUGGCAGUGGUUAUCAGUUGCAGUGCCUCUGUGAUUGGUCGAGGACGAGGACGUCAUCGCGCCACCGAUCUACACCCAGACCACAGACAUGGUCCGAAACGAAAUGGAAUGAAAUUCGCUACGAGACCAUCGGAAGAAGUUGGAAGAAGGUUGAGAAAUUACAAGAAAGGCGUCAACAAAACGAGGCCAUUCGAAGCUGGAAUCGGAACAUAUCUGGAGUUCGAUUUGAUGGUCGAAGACCCAGUUGAGGCCAAUGCAAUCCUAGCAGGAACCUAUACCUAUGUGCGCUGGCCGCAAGCGGUUGUGCCGUAUCAGAUCAUCGGCACCUUUACUGCAGCCGAGUUGGCCAACAUCCAGUGGACCAUCAACCAUUACGCGGAAAAUACUUGUGUCAGAUUUGUUCCACGCACCACGGAGGAAUUCUACAUUAAAAUCAAUAAUAGUGCAACGGGAUGCUGGUCAUAUGUGGGAAGGCAUUUGGAUAACAAUUAUAACUUAGUGAAUCUUCAAAAUCCAGCCUGCAUGGAAACGGGUACGGUAGCACAUGAGUUCAUGCAUGCUCUCGGGUUCUACCAUGAGUUCACUCGCCCGGAUCGCGACGAUUGGGUCAGCAUUGAUGAAGGUGCAUUGGCACCCGAAUAUCAGACAACAAGCUUUAUGAAUGCCAAUUUCGGAAAGAAAUCUGCAGAUCAAGUGGAACUCUAUGGCAUCGAGUAUGCAUAUGGCAGCGUGAUGCACUAUUCUAAGUGGGGUGGAGCUGUCAGCUAUAAUCGACCUGUGAUGAAUAAUCUUAAACCAUGGCCUUUUAACGACUUUGGAAAUGAUACGGGACUCUCGCUUCCAGAUAUUAAGAAAAUCAAUUACAUGUACUGUAAUUCAACUACUAUCACAACUACCACUGCUGCGACAACUACGACAAAGGCUCCAACAACAUCCACAACUCAGGCGCCGACCACAACAACAAAAGCGCCUACAACUACCACUUUGGCCGCCACGACUACAACGAAAGCACCCACCACAACCACCUUGGCCCCUACAACUACAACAAAAGCACCUACUACUACCACUUUGGCCCCAACUACUACUACAACGAAAGCACCCACAACUACCACUUUGGCUCCAACUACGACUACAACGAAAGCACCCACUACAACCACUUUGGCCCCAACUACGACUACAACAAAAGCACCCACUACUACCACUGUAGCCACUACGACUACAACGAAAGCACCAACUACUACCACUUUGGCCCCAACAACUACAACGAAAGCACCCACUACAACCACUUUGGCCCCAACUACGACUACAACAAAAGCACCAACUACUACCACUGUAGCCACUACGACUACAACGAAAGCACCAACUACUACCACUUUGGCCCCAACAACUACAACGAAAGCACCCACUACUACCACUUUGGCCCCAACUACGACUACAACAAAAGCACCCACAACCACCACUUUGGCCCCAACUACGACUACAACGAAAGCACCCACAACUACCACUUUGGCCCCAACUACGACUACAACAAAAGCACCCACUACUACUACUGUAGCCACUACGACUACAACGAAAGCACCAACUACUACCACUUUGGCCCCAACAACUACAACGAAAGCACCCACUACAACCACUUUGGCCCCAACUACGACUACAACAAAAGCACCAACUACUACCACUGUAGCCACUACGACUACAACGAAAGCACCAACUACUACCACUUUGGCCCCAACAACUACAACGAAAGCACCCACUACUACCACUUUGGCCCCAACUACGACUACAACAAAAGCACCCACAACUACCACUUUGGCCCCAACUACGACUACAACAAAAGCACCCACUACUACUACUGUAGCCACUACGACUACAACAAAAGCACCAACUACUACCACUUUGGCCCCAACUACGACUACAACGAAAGCACCUACUACAACCACUUUGGCACCCACAACCACCACUUUGACCCCAACGACCACAACCAAGGCUUCAACGACCUCAACCGCUGUCGCACCAACCACAACAACCACUCAGGCUUCAGUUACCACUACCACAGCUCCAGCAGUGACGACACCUGGAGCUCCUAGUAAUUGUAAAUGUUGGUUUGCGGCUUUGCAGAUUUGCUUGCUGUACUACUAAGCUGUCAGUGUUGGAACAAAAUAUAAAAAUUACUAAAUAUAUAAAUAUA